AUUUAUAAAUGUAAACAAACAAGUACACAAGUCCAAAUGCGGCACAUUUAUUAACUGCCAGUUUUUAUUUUAUUGUCUGUGCGCUGUUCCGCUGUUUAUUUUAUCCAAAAAACAAAAUGCCAACAGUGUUGUUGUUGGAUGUAUCGUUGUCCAUGACACGGCCUGUUCAAAUCAGCGAAAAUGCAGAAACGACAAGGAAAAAUCUUGCGAUUCUUGGUAUUAAAGCCUUUCUGGAUCACCUAAGUGUAUAUUCCAAGCUUGAAUUUAUUUCCUUGAUGGCAUUUUCUUCACUCUAUGAAGAAAAAUGCGCAUUUACUAGAGACUAUACUCUUAUCAAAAAUGAACUUCAAAAUAUUGAGGAUUAUGACAAAACUUGCAUAGAAACGGCACUUCAUGGCGUUAACCAGAUGGUAUUGGGCGAGUGGGGAAAUAAUACUGCUUGUCAGGUAAUCCUUAUUACUGAUGGAAGUACAGGUUUAGGGCCCAUGUCCCUCAAAGAAUCAUUUGCUACAGUAAACCAGCGUUCCGCAACUAAUCCUUUUCCAAUCCCGUUUUCAUUUCCAGCAAAGCUUCAUGUGGUUUGUGUUGCGCCACCCAAUGAUCCAAAUUUAGUAAAAUCGAAACCGCUGUAUCAAAGACUUGUAGAUCUAACAGGAUAUGAUGGUUCAAUCUGCAUACCGGAAAGUCCUUUAAAUGAGACGACUGUAGUUAAUAUGUUUCAAAAAUUAGCUGAAGAUAUGUACACGUCGUUCAAAGGUACAUUAAAAUGUGGCAAUUUGGAAUCAAAAAUUAUUUUAUCUCCCGCACCAGUACCCUACACCAAAGUAACUGAUUUUGAUUACCAGAGUUACACCAUAUCAGAGUUAAUAGAAGUGUGUGGAUUUAUUUCUGUGACUGAUGUAGGUUCACCUAUGGCUGUCAGUCGCCACUUAGUAUUACCAGCCAGCUCCAACAAAGACCAUCUACCGCUAACCGCAGAAAUAGAUUUAACAGAUGAUGAUGCAACAGAUGAAGGAAAAGUUCCAUCGUUUUGUGUUCUUCUUCAUGGUGCACUCAAGGUUGAAAAUAUGGCGGCUGUGGUUACGCUAGCCGAAAACUGGUUCGGAUUUGUUUAUUCCUGGGCUGAUUCAAAGAAAAAGUCAAACUUGAUGUUAACGAUAUUAACACCGGGAUCCGAUGUAGUGCCAUGGUUGGGUGAUUUAAAUAACUUAGGUCCUUCGGAUUCACCAACAGAACAAAUGGGCUCUUUUCCCGUGCGUCCACAAGAGAAAAGGAGCUACUCCCAGAACGGUGUCGUGUGGAUUAGACAAGCCGGACUUCAAAGCGAUAUACAGAAAAUUUUGAGACAUGCUAGGAAAUUACCAGAAAAAACACAACAAUUCUAUAAGGAGUUGAAUAGAUUGAGGAAAGCUGCGAUUUCGUUAGGAUUCUUGGAUCUUUUAAAUGGGUUGGCUUAUAUCUUUGAGCAAGAGUGCAUGCAGUUGCCGGGAAGUGCUCACCCUGAUUGUGCGCUGCAGCUUCAACAUGCUGCUGAGGUGUUAAGGAAGACACAGAACCGAGAUAUUAAAUAUGUUGUUGUACCUUUACAAACUAAUUACAACAGUUCUUAAUUUA